GGAAACAGAGCCCAGUCUCCCAUUUCCGUCUUCCCAGUGCCUGCCUGCCAUUGCCGCUCUGCUUGCCGGGUCUUGCAGGGUGUAACUGGUACAACUGACAUAGUUUCUGAAAAAAGUUGAAGAUCGUUUCUACAGACGGGUAGUGUGUCAGCAGAUUAUUCCGAACAUUCAUCAAGAUGUAUAACAACAGUUAUUCCAAUCAUACCAGUUACAGACCUAGGGGGAACAGGGACUCUAGCAGUCGUAAUGGGAGUGGAACGUUUUGGAACAGCCAACAACACACACAGAAGGAAAAGACACUUAAGAAGCAGGCUCAAAGGAGGACACCUGGAGAUUCAUUGAAGAAACCUAGUUGGGAUUUAACAAAGUUACCAGUGAUCGCAAAGAAUUUGUAUAUUCCACAUAUCAAUGUCCUAAAGCGGUCAAUAGAUGAUGUCACUAAAUAUCACAUUGGCAAAGAGAUCACGGUAAAAGGAAACAACACACCAUCUCCAAUUCAAGCAUUCGAAGAAAGUAACUUCCCAGAUUAUGUGAUGGAAGAAAUAAGGAAACAGGGAUUUGCUGAACCAACUGCGAUUCAAGCACAAGGGUGGCCAAUUGCGCUCAGUGGCCGUGACUUGGUUGGAAUUGCUCAAACAGGAUCUGGAAAAACAUUAGCCUACAUUUUACCGGCGACCGUACACAUUAAUAAUCAACCACGUUUGAGUCGAGGAGACGGUCCGAUCGUUUUAAUUCUUGCUCCUACAAGGGAGUUGGCUCAGCAAAUUCAGUCCGUCGCCAGAGAUUUUGGAUCAUCCUCUUGUAUUCGUAACACCUGUAUCUUCGGUGGAUCUCCAAAAGGGCCUCAGGCUCGUGACUUGGAACGUGGCGUUGAAAUAUGCAUUGCAACCCCCGGUAGAUUGAUCGAUUUUCUUGAGAAGGGAACUACGAAUCUGCGUAGAUGCACGUAUCUUGUACUUGACGAGGCGGACAGAAUGUUGGACAUGGGAUUCGAACCGCAGAUUCGAAAAAUCAUCGAGCAAAUAAGACCCGACAGGCAGGUGCUAAUGUGGUCCGCGACAUGGCCAAAAGAAGUGCAGGCUCUGGCUGAAGACUUUCUGUCAGACUAUAUUCAGAUUAAUAUCGGUUCUCUGACGUUGGCCGCUAAUCACAAUAUCCGUCAGAUCAUCGAGAUAUGCCAGGAACACGAGAAGGAGACGAAACUUUCAGGUUUACUUCGAGAAAUCGGCAAAGACAGAGGAGGCAAAAUGAUCAUUUUCGUUGAAACAAAGAAGAAAGUGGACGACAUAACGAAGGCUAUCAAACGAGAGGGUUGGCCAGCUAUAUCUAUCCACGGUGACAAGUCUCAACCCGAAAGAGAUUACGUUCUUUCAGAAUUCAGAAAUGGAAAGACAAUGAUACUCGUAGCCACCGACGUCGCUGCUCGCGGUUUAGAUGUGGAAGACGUAAAGUACGUUAUCAACUUCGAUUACCCUAACAGCUCUGAAGAUUAUAUUCACAGAAUAGGAAGAACUGGACGUUGUCAAAGCGCUGGCACCGCAUACGCGUACUUCACACCCAACAACGCAAGACAAGCAAAAGAGCUGAUCUCCGUUCUAGAAGAAGCUGGCCAAGUGAUAAACCCUCAAUUAGCUGAUCUGGCAAACUCGAUAAAGAAUUCUUACGGCAAAGGCCGUCAGCGAUGGAGCCAUUCUCGCUCCAACAAGGAGACCAACCCUGGAAGUCCACGAAAUAACAGCAGCCCAACGAAUAAUUGGCAAUCUCAGCAUUCUCAAAGCAUUCAGCACCAAAGCAUUAACGGCCAAGAGAGAACCGUUGUACGCCAACAGAAUGGAUAUCAAAACAGUCGUCAGAACAGUUUCCAGCCUAACUAUCAGCAGCAACAGCAACAACAACAACAGCAGCAGCAGCAGCAACAACAGCAACAGCAGCAACAACACCAGAGACAGCCUAACGCCUACACUACCAGCUGUCCAACUACCAGCAGCUACCAAACCGGUUAUCAGAAUGCAAAUAUACCUAGAUACCACGGGAGGACGGGAGGUUUUCAAGGAAACAGAUACCAUAAUAGGCAAAAUACAUACAGUACUAACCAAGCAGCUGGAGGACAGAACGUGUACUCUAUACCGCCUCCGUACAUGAUGCCAUCCAAUGGUCACACCGAUUCUGGGAUGCAGAGCCUCGUUAAUAACAAAUUCUUCCAGACAAAUCGUCCACCACCAAACACUGGAGCCUGUGCUUAUCAGUCGAUGGGAUACGGUCAGUUCCAAGCUGUGUCACCGUAUAGUUACGCUUACCCUCCACCCACUCCAGUGCAGCAGUGACGCUUUUCAAAGAACAAAGUCGGUAAGAGUGCAGGUUAAAUAAGAGAUCGAUUUUUUCCUGUCUAUAUCGGGCCCACUUAAUAUUUACGGUUUGUGUAGAGGAUAAUUGGGUCUCCUUUGAAUAUAUACGUAACGUAAUGUUUCUUCUUUUCCUUGUCGUUUAUUAUUUUCUGGAAUGGUGCCGGUUAUUCGACGGUUGGUAUACAGCAAAAUCGUUUCAGUUAAUCGUUGUUGAACACAAACAGAAACGGAAAUGUGUGUAAAUCGGUCAAACAACUGUAUUAUUAUUAUUCGUUGAACAUACAACAAAAAAUGAAACAAAAGGAUAAAAAAAAAAUUUAUUGCGCAUUAUUGAAUCUUCGAGGCACAUUCCAGUCAAGUUUUUUGAAGUAGUGGUAGUUGUUUAGCAAUGAUAUAAUCGUUAUUGGAUGUAGAGUAUGACCAGAAAUAUGUAGGCUUUCAAUAACCAUAUUGGUCAUAUCCUUAAGGAACACACACAACACGCAUAUACACACACCAGAAAAGAAAAACGAAUACAAGCAAACUAAUUAAUCUUUUUGCGAUAACUAUGUAAACGUCAUUUAAUGCUUUUCGAAAUGCACGAAACGUAUAGAAGGGGGGUGGGUUAAACGUUUUCAUAUUUGAUAAUUUAUUUAUAUUUUGCAUAUAUAUAUAUAUAUACACACACACAUAACGUAUGUACAGGCAACGCUCUUCAAAAUGUAAGGCCUUUUGCAUAAAAAUUAAGCCGUACCGCCCGUUUUUUACAAAGCGCACGACGUUACGCCAAUCGUGUCGCCAUUUGUUUCGACAAACGAGACAAAUAAUUAAAAGGGUGAAAAAGGUGUAAUCUCAUCAAAAUUAGAGAACUUUGAUGGAGGACAUCCAGCAUAAUAAUUAUAGCGUACAAAAAUAAUAAAAAAGAGGAACAAAGCGAGUUACUUCGAGACUAUCCCGGGACUAAACCGGAAUCGUUUCGAACGAUUCUCUCUUGAAGCGACCUGGAAAUCCCUGGGAAGACGAUGGGGAGAAAUGGGGAGACACUUGGGCUCUAGGGGACAACUUAAAAUUAAGCAUGUAGUCACAAUGGCUGUGUACCUCGGCGCAAAGUUUGAUACCUUAUUUUUAUAAUAUAUAUCGAAAGUAAUUUGUUGUUAAACCAACGAAUGAUUAUACGAAGAGAGAAAGAGGAUAGAGCGAGAGAGAGACACAAGAUUUAAGAGAAAAAAAUGAGAGUAAUAAGAGAAACAUUGUUGUUUGAUGUUUAUGCAAUUGGCCACUGAGUGGUCUUGUCUUUGCGCGUCCGUGUCAAAUGUAUUUUUGGUGAAAACGCGCAAUGCUGGCCGCGAUCGAACGAAUUUCAGUUGUGUAUGUACCUGCUUUUUAGUUUCGCGCUCAUAUCGAAAAUUCUUGCUGACUUUUGCGUUCUUUCUUUUUCUUUUUGUUUUCUUUUUUUAUUUUUAGGAUAAACGAACGUCAAGAUUUAUCCGUGUAACAAUUUUCUGACGGAAAAACGUUCGAAUGCGCUGCCGUGAACGUUGUGUACGAAACGCGUGAGAGGGAACACACGAGCCAAUAAUUGUCAAAUGGCGAUGACUAAUCCACGUGUUAUAUGUAUAUAUACACGCUCACACACAAACACAUACACUCACACAAACAUACACCAUUGCGGCCAUUCUAAAAAGAAAGCGACUCUCGAGGGAACUUUUUCAUGCGAUGGAGAUAUUCGAAUACGAAACAUAUAUGUAUAUUAUAUAUAUGUAUUAUACCGUUUAACGACAGCGCAUAGCGAUUAUUUGCGGGCCUCCAAGGUUUACUCUGUACACGUCACUUACUCGAGAUGUAAAACGUAUCGGCAAAAAAAACGAGAAAGGGAGAAGUAAGGAACCAACAGAGAGGAAUCGAGAACUCGAAUAUAUAUAUCUGUUAUUCGAGCAAAGGUUCUUCAUUUUGCGAACGACAUUAUUGUGAUAAUUAAUACGUAACGCUUUUCGUGAAACGGUCUCACAGUUCGUUACUUAAUUACGCACAGUAGAAAAUGUUGUGAAGCAGUACGUGUGCACACUAAUCCAUUCUCGGUCGGUUUCGAACCGCGUGUCACACGCGUUUACAUACGGAUGUUGCUCGAUAAAAAGAAAAAGGAAAAAUGAAAAUUUGUCUGGAAACUUUGUCGAUUCGUUUCUAGGUUCACGCGUGUGUCUAUAGUCCUUUUUGUAUUUUCUUCUUUCCGCGCCCUUACAAAGUCGAACUUCGAAACGCGUGGUGGAAAGUGUCAGACAUUCGCGGUUGUCGUUGUCUUUUGCCACUUCGAGAAAAAACAUGGUAAAAUGCUCUUUAAACGCUCCUACUGUGUUGUAAAUCAGACCGCGCGUUGCCGUAGCGGAGUGAAUAGUUUAUAUAAAAUAAUAGGAAGCGUAUGCUACCAGAGUAUCGAACGAUUCUGAAUACUCAUACAUU